UAUAUCUUCAUCGGACCUGGUUUCAAAGUGGAUGGGUGAAAGUGAGAAGCUAGUUUCAAAUCUUUUUCAAAUGGCUCGUGAAAAUGCUCCUUCCAUCAUCUUCAUUGAUGAGAUUGACUCAUUGGCUGGUCAGCGUGGAGAAGGCAAUGAAAGUGAAGCUUCUCGAAGGAUAAAAACAGAACUACUUGUGCAAAUGCAGGGUGUAGGUAAUGAUGACCAGAAAGUUCUCAUCCUUGCUGCUACAAAUACACCAUAUGCACUUGAUCAGGCUGUUCGGCGUCGUUUUGACAAGCGGAUCUACAUUCCUCUUCCUGAUAUGAAGGCUAGGCAGCAUAUGUUUAAGGUACAUUUAGGAGACACCCCUCACAGUUUGACUGAAAGUGAUUUUGAGAGCUUGGCUCGCAAGACAGAAGGUUUUUCUGGCUCAGAUGUAGCUGUUUGUGUCAAGGAUGUUCUAUUUGAACCUGUCCGAAAAACCCAGGAUGCAAUGUUCUUUAUUAAGACUGCUGAUGGAUUGUGGAUCCCAUGUGGACCUAAAACACCUCGAGCUGUGCAGACCACAAUGCAGGAGCUUGCUGCGGAAGGACUUGCUGCAAAGAUUCUUCCACCACCUAUUACAAGGACUGAUUUUGACAAGGUGCUUGCCAGGCAGCGACCAACCGUCAGCAAAGCUGAUCUCGAGUUGCAUGAGAGAUUUACGAAGGAGUUUGGAGAGGAAGGCUAAUUCCUGGUGCUCAUAGAUUCUGUACGCCAUGAGCAAUCAUUUAAUUGUAUAUUGCGCCUUGAUCUGAUUGAGGGCUUAAAAAAAAAUGAAAAAAGUUCCUUUUAAGAGCCUCUUUUCAGAUUGAAUAUGCGAGUGAACCGUUUGCAUGAGGCUCACUGGAAAACACUGACAUAAUUUCAUAGCUUGCUUUUCAAGCCAUAUUCGUAUCUGUAUUUAUCCGAGGUGAUUGUGCAGCUUGAAAUUUAUGACUUAGAAAACAUUUCAUAAAUUGAUUGGUCUCGGUCCAUCUUAAGUUGAAUUAUCACUAUUCGUUCUGUCCCUAGGGCCUAUUUGUCUUCUACUCGAAUGCAGUUUCGUACGUCAGUCUUGUAGUGAUUGUAGUGGUUGCCAUUGCGCUAUUAAUGGGGUAGUCGUUUGCUUAGAUGGGCGGUGUUACUCGAAUAUAUUGUAUAUUAGUAAGUUCAAGAUGCCUGGUUCAAACCCUUAUCUUUUUCC